AGCAAUAUGUAACGUUUAAAUAGAACAUGUGCAAUGCCAUUCUCCUCAUAUCAGUUAAAAAUGUCUUUAUGUACAGUGGCAUACGGAAGCGGAUUAAGUGUUGACAUUAAUUCCGGGAAAACACACAACAGUAGUGGACGUGGAUGUGGUGAAUAUCAAUGCCAGUCGUUAAUAGAACAGACUCAUAGCAUUCGGGACCUUCCGGAUCCGGAAACCAGAGGUAUCUUCGUCAUAAAGGAGAACAAUUGUAUCAUAUACAUUGGUAAAUCCGGGGACUGUAUGAGGGAGAGAUUGUUGAGUCACCUAGCAGGAUACGACGCACAGGAAAUCGGCAAAUACAUGAAAACACUUUCUAAGGAAUACAAGAUGGAUGCCAUCACGGUUGGCUGGGUAAAAGUGGAUGCGCCAUCUUGUGACGAACACCAUUACAUAGAUUGUCUAGCAAGGCGUCAAAGUCAAUGGCCGAAGUGUAACCUAAAACGAGGACGGCCAGUGAAAAAAGAAUGACAUGGUCUGAUGUAUAUUUACCAAACGAUUAAAUAUGUAAAUAUGUAUUUCCAUUUGUAGCUUUGUGUAUAUGUUCACUGUUAAACUGAUCGUAAAGGAUAAUUUAGAAAAUAUCAAAACAUAAUGGAAAAAUAGAUAUUUUUGGAACGAAAAUGAAUUUCGCUAUACAGUCAAGCACUUCAAAGAAUGGAAUAAAACUGACUUUAUUAUAUACUGAUUAUCACUCGGUCACUUUAUUUCAAUAGGAGAGAAUAUGACAGACUUUUCAAAAUCGUUGUCUGUGAAAAUGGUAGAUUAUUUAAUGCCUUAAUAGUCGUACCAGCUUACGUCAGUAUUUCAAUGACUAGUUGUAUUGAUAGCGAAAUCUGUCUCUACCCUGAGUAUCUCGAUAUCUCUCUUAUUCGGCAUAUUCGACUGUUACAUCAAUAUUAUAAACUAAUGCCUGUGUACUAUGACGUACCUUUCUAUUCCAACCGGUUUGUCAGAUCUCAUAGGGUACCAGAUUAGACCAAUUUUUACACUGUACUGAAUAAUGGGAAUAUUUUCAAUAUUCCAGAGAUCUGAUCGAAAUUUGACAGUUGUCUGAAAAAGGCAUGAUGAUACGAACGCGUAAACAGAACAGUAAUAAAGUUACUAAAAUAUCGAUAGAUUCAUAUAUUGCUGAUUUCCCAAAAUGUCUAAAACAAUAUUAAGAUAUUUAGUACACAGUUUAUUUACAUUUACAAUUAAUUCGCAGCUAGGCUUUCAACCUUCUAUGCUUUAAUCAGACGAAGUGAAGAAGCACAAUAUGAUAGAAUGACAGAAGACAGUUAGUCUUGUUAAUUUGUUUUUUUCUCGCAGAAAUCUAUUAUCAAUUUAUCUGUUAUUUACAAUAUAUGUAUACAGCAUUUACAAAUACAAUUGUGAUAAACCUGCACCAUCUCUAGCACUCUGUUAUUAUAGCACAGUAUUCUCUGAUUUUUACCAAUAAAAGCUUUGUUGAAGAUUGACUGAUAACAUUAAUGUUUUAUACAACCCGAGACAAUGCGAUUACAAAUAUACGUAGAUAUAAUGUGUAACACUGAAUAAAGGCAUUUGUCUUAA